AUGUCUGCUACUGUACCAUACCAGAUGGUACACUCGCCCAGGGCCACAGUUGAUGCUGAAGACCUGACAAAAUUGCUCCCACCCGAACUCUUGACAGACAUAUUCGCCGCCCUAAUAACUCUACUUGCCGAGGAGCACGAUAGCCGCGGGGUCGAUAUAACGUCUCCGCUUCAACCGCUAGACUGGAUAUCUAUCACGCACGUCUGUAGGCGAUGGCAUGCGGUCGCCCUUGAAUCGCCGACCUUAUGGACCCAGCUAGUCCCGAGCACAAAACAGCCAUGGGACAUAUUUCUCGAGCGUUCCAAGAAUGCUCCCUUGUCCGUCGAAUGCUCGUUCAAGCACCUUAGUACUGAAACGAAGUCCGCGCGCAUCGCCUCCGUCCUGACGCACCAACAUCGUCUUCGGGAACUCCGUAUCGGCGGCCUUUCACUGGACGACUUCGACCUUCUCAAGACCGGCCUUACACAGCGCCUCAUCCAGUUGACCGUCCUAUCCAUUCACUGUGCGGCACCCGUUGGCAAGCCAUUGCCCAUUUUGCCGCUGGACUUCAUCUCCAAAGCACUCCCCCGACUGCGCGAGUUGCGUCUCGUCGGUGUCGACUUCCCCCGCGAUACGGGCUCGACAUCUCUCACGAAGUUUGACUACCAGUCGGCCUCGCGGUCACACUCCGCAGACAACUCCUCCAUCGCCAGUGUAGCCGGCAUCCUGGGAACACUAGGACAGAUGCCUGCUCUCCGAGCCCUCCGCCUGAGGAUGUCGCAUCCGAUAAGGAACCCGCAAGAUGCUCCCGUCAGGCAACCUGCGACACUCUAUCAUCUAGAAGAGCUCGUGCUCGAGACGCGCCGCGACGACACAUGUUGGUACAUCUGGUCGGGCCUUCAUCUACCGUCUGUCGCACACGUCAAUAUUCAAUCAGGGGGCGGGCCCAAUACAGAGGAAACGGAGGGACUCAUGCUGGGUAUGCUGUUUACGCAUAUCUCGAUGAUACCGGCCGAGACAUUUGCGUCUUUACGAGAUGCUUCUGUUCAUUUGGAGCAAGGUCGGCGCCUUACAGUGCAACUGAGAGCGCCGCCGGAACGCGAUGAUGAGGGGUCAGAUUGCGGCGAGUAUGACUGGCCCGCUUUGAAGGUGUUUUCGUCCGCUCCCUCCCUACAGUCAACAGCAUUCAGACUACACAUAACGAGCAGCCCAGACGUCGCUCUCGAUGUGACAUUAAGUGUCGGGGUUGAGUGUGCUUGGGCUCUCGUACUCAUACGCAAGUUGCUCCUUCGUGCUCAGGAAGUGACUCACUUGAAGCUGGGGGGAGCACUCCCGGGGACCAUCUGCUACCUGCUCGAACCUGGUCAACCCUACGACGGAGGAAUGGCACAGAGCCGAGCAAUGCCACUUCCUGCGCUAGCCGAGUUGCGCUGUGUAGGUGUGGAUUUCAACGCCGUUGCGCCCGUCGAGUAUGACGGGGCGAUCAUUCCGGCUCACGAGGUUCUGUCUCGUGUACUCGCAAUACCGUGGGAAGGAUAUUUGGAUGCGUGGAAUCGCUACGAUAUACAGAUUACAGUACAAGACUAG